GGAAUGAGAAGCUGCUCUGUACGCAUGACCGCCUGUCUCUGGGGAAUUGCGAUUUCGGGCGAUACAAGCAACCCCUUUCCGCUGCAGUACCAGUACUUCGAGGGCCCCAGGCUUGGCGGCAGGAAGGUGUUUAUGGACUACUGCCCGCACGUUACUGGGCGUGCGGUGAUGGGUGCACCAACGGCAAGGCUCAUGCGAUUGUUGGCAGCUUCAUUGGCCCCAACUCCCGCUGCGUGAAAGGGAAUGACCUUCAAGUGAGCGGAAAACCCAUUGGCGAUGUGUGCGUGAACACUCAGUGCGACGGCGGCAGGCUGAAGGUGCAGUUCCGUCGCGACGCAACGUGA